CAGAAAACUCAGUUUCUCAAUAAGUAUGAAAAAAUAAAAAUAAUAACAGCUGGGAUAUGACCACACAGGUGAGGAUUUGGAAUCACAGAGCAGAAGGAGCCGAGAACCUGGCAGGAAAAAUGCGAGUGUUGUAUCCAGACGUGGAAAUUGUUGCGUGCGAAUCCGUCGAAUUGGCCGUGUCAUCGGCGAACAUGAUUGUCACUGCAACCUCGUCCAAGACCCCGAUUUUGCACCACAGCCACGUUCAACCAGGCACUUUCAUCGCAGCCGUCGGGGCUCCGAGGAAAGAUUGGCGGGAAAUGAGCCCGGAACUGGUGGCCAAGAGUGUGCUGAUUGUGGACAGCGUCGACGCAGCGACUGUCGAGGCCGGGGACAUCGUGUGCACC